AGCUCUCGUGAGCUCCUCCUCCUUCAGCCUCAGCGCGAGGACGCAACUAGAGCACACACUCUCGCGCACUUCAGUGAUUGCAACACGCUGUGGAAGUCAACCUGCGCACCCUAUCAUCUGAUCCUACGCAGUUUAAUCUUUGUGAACGUGACGGACAGCUGUCAGAUCUGAGGAUGGAUGAGCUACAGGAUGUGCAGUUGACUGAGAUCAAACCCCUCCUGACAGACAAGAACGGACAGAACUUCCAGGACUUUGAUUGUCAGGAGCACGACAUUGAGACCCCCCAUGGCGUCCUUCACGUGACUUUGAGAGGGUCCCCUAAAGGCAACCGCCCCGUCAUUCUGACCUAUCAUGACAUUGGACUCAACCAUAAGUCCUGUUUCAACACCCUCUUUAACUUUGAGGACAUGCAGGAGAUCACCCAGCACUUUGCUGUGGUCCAUGUGGAUGCUCCAGGCCAGCAAGAAUCUGCCCCUCCUUUUCCCACUGGAUAUCAGUACCCUACUAUGGAUGAGCUGGCCGAGAUGCUGCCCUCAGUUUUGACCCAGCUGAAGAUCAACAGUAUGAUUGGAAUCGGUGUUGGUGCAGGAGCCUAUAUCCUCACUAGACUGGCUCUGAAUGAACCUGCAUUGGUGGAGGGAUUGGUGCUUAUCAAUGUGGACCCCUGUGCUAAGGGCUGGAUUGACUGGGCUGCCUCAAAGCUGUCUGGAUGGACCAGUAAUCUGGUUGACAUUGUGAUGGAGCAUCAUUUCAGCACGGACGAGUUGACGGAGAAUAACGAGAUCAUUCAAACAUAUCGUCUGCACAUCGCCCAAGACAUCAACCAGGACAACUUGGCUCUCUUCUGCCAUUCUUACAACAGCCGCAGAGAUCUGGAAAUUGAGAGGCCCGUUGUGGGACUGAAUGAAAACACAGUAAAAACUCUGAAGUGUCCUUCUCUGCUAAUAGUAGGGGAUGCAUCACCAGCAGUAGAGGCUGUGGUUGAAUGCAACUCAAGGCUAAACCCAACCAAAACUACACUACUAAAGAUGGCAGACUGUGGUGGACUUCCUCAAGUUGUCCAACCGGGUAAACUCGCUGAGGCUUUCAAGUACUUUGUCCAGGGAAUGGGCUACAUCCCCCAUAUGCUGCUCAGCCACUUGAACAGCGAAUCAGUGCCCACUGCUAGCAUGACCCGGCUGGCACGGUCUCGCACCCACUCUGCCUCCAGCAUGGGUUCAGCAGAGGGUUCACGAAGCCGUGCACAUACCAGCUCACAGAUUGAGGGCGCCACCGGUGGCUCUGUUCAUGACAACCAAACCAGACCACAAACCAUGGAGGUGUCCUGCUAAGAAUAAAGCCUGGGAUCAGUCCUUUUUCGGAUUGCUUUGUACCAUUUUUUUCCACUCCAUCAUUGUCAUUUCAAACUUUUACUUGUCAUUCUCCUGGCCUGAUAAGGGAUGCAAUGUUUGAUUUAAUCCGUGUAUUUAAAAGAUUAAAGUGUUUCUACACUGCAUGACUAACUUGCACACUAACUUUCGUUGGUUUUACCUUCAUCUUUAAUCUCAUGCUUUUUAGAAAUGGGUUUACUUUUCACUCUCAGUAUGCUUCUCAUGUAUAUACUUUGCUCACGGCUGUUGUAUGUUGAACAUUCAUAGGGUUUUCCCAUCUGUAGUGAGAGAGUUGACUUUCUCUCCCGGUCUCUCUAAGGUCUUCCUCGCCCUUAUGUUUACUAUAGACGACCAAACCACUUCUUUGUCAUUCACUUUCUGGCCUGGUGUCUUUCUUUAAAAAAGUUUGUACUGCUGUCGUAAUUUGUUUUCAUUUUUAGGUUCAAUUAUGUUGUUUGUAGUGUUUGAGUUGUCUUUUACGAUUCAUUAAAUGAGCAUGACCUUAUUUAAAAGUGAAACAUAGACAUUUAUAUUAGUAUUGCUAAUGUUGAUCUUUCUACAGACUGUAUAACUGUCCAUUUAGUUUAGUUUGGUUUUCUUUGUUUACUGUAUUACACCAGAAGCCCCUGUCUAGCAAGGAGUUUGGAUUUAAGCUAGUUAAAUACACGAAAACAACCUGUGCUUGGGAUUUGAUGUCAACACAAAAAAAAAUACAGUAACCAAAAGAUCUGUAGCUUAUUUAACAAGCUGUUAGUAUUUACAACAGAGAUUGAAUAUAUAAAAGCACUUUUCCUGCUGUAAACACACACUGUAUUUGUAUAUGGGCUUACAAUUCGCUAUAUUUCAUGUACAGUGGGUGGAUGUCUCAGUAACCUCAUUAUUUUGACUAAUGUUUUUGUUAUGGUUAUUGAUCUUUAUUCUUAUUUUAAUUGAUGGCAAUUCUCUGUCGAUUGCUGAUUGUUACGCUGCCUUGAGUGAGUUUGUGAUUAUGCCUUGUGCUUUGUCCUCCAAGCCUUUAGAGGGCGUUGUACUGCAUACUGUCUGCUGGGUAUAUCAAUUUGUACGAAUAUUAAAAUAAAGUAGUUGUACAUAAAAACGGUGUUGUU